AUGGGAUCACCAUUAGCAGCAAAGACAGUGGGAAAGCUUUUAGAAUGCAGCCUAACAAAGAAGCAUUGGAAGGAUGUAUUGGAAAAUGAUUUGUGGACAUUAAAAACUAAUGCACAUGAUAUUAUGCCUGCACUUGCAUUGAGUUACUACCAUCUACCUCAGCAUCUCCAACAAUGCUUUGUCUUUUGUUCGUUGUUUCCUAAAAAUCAUGUCUAUUAUAAGGAUGAGUUGAUUUGCAUGUGGAUAGCCAAUGGGUUUGAUUUCCUAAAAUAUAAUGUGAACAAAGAAACAGGUUUCUUGGUUGCCCAAUUGAGGAAUAUGAAUGAACUAAGAACACGACUUUCAAUUAAAGACUUACGGAAUAUUGAUAAUAGGAAAGAAGCGAUGAAAGCCAAAUUGAAGGAAAAAUGUCAUAUCAAGAGUUUGUAUUUAGAUUGGAAUAUUGAUUCGGUGGAUGAUGAUUGCAAACAUGAUGUCGAAGAAGUACUUGAAGGCCUUCAACCUCAUCCUAACUUAGAAGAAUUACAUAUUGCGCUCGGAUUGUUACCCUCUCUUGAGGGAUUACACUUUUCUGACUGUGAGAACAUAACAAUUGAGUGUGAAUCAUGUGAUGAUUCUGAGAAUGAGAUGUUUCCAUCCUUGCAGCUGCCACUUUUAUGGAAUUGUACAACAUUAUCAUUUACGGGCAUUCCAAUGUUUCCAUCUUUGCAGCGGCUUUCAUUGCGUAAUACAAAAGUAUCAUUUACGGGCAUUCCAACUUCAUCAUCAUCAUCAUCAUCUCCAACAACACCAGGGCCUCGCAAGGUGUUUCCUCAUCUUCAGGAACUCACUAUGGUGCAAUGUAAUGAAAUGAAUGGAUUUCCUUGGGCCAUAUGUGUAGCUCUAAAGAAGCUACACAUAAAAAAUAGUUCAGGCAUGGAUGACAAAUUGCCAGGAUGCCUCCGUGGCCUUUCUUCUCUUACUCUAUUAAAUUUGACAGGGGCAAAGAUCAAAACCUUUGAUGCAGAGGUGAUGGCCACACUCCAUGCACUAUGGCGGUUAGAUCUUUCAGAUUGUAAUAAGCUUUUAUCACUGGAAGGUUUACAAGCCCUCCCCUCCUUGACAGUUUUGUGGAUUUAUAGAUGUCCCAAAUUUAGAUCCUGGUGUACGGCGGAGAUGGCAAAGCUACAUGAACUAGUUAUAUUGUCUUGCCAAGAUCUAGAAUCUCUGCCUAAUUGGUUGCAUUGCCUUUCUUCACUAGAGGCAUUGACUAUUACGCGUUGCCCAAAGUUACUUUCACUGGCAGAGGGAGACAGAGCUCUGAUCAGAGGCAUCUUCCCUGUCUUCAAUCACUCCAUCAAAUCUGAGAAGAAAUAUGGACGAACUUUUUCAUGA